AUGUGGGACCGGCUGCGGGGCAGUCGGGCGGCGGGCGGCGGCCGGAGCGCGGCCGCGAUGGCGCAACGCGACGAGAAGGUGCCGGCGGCGGCGGCGGGCGAGAGCGAACCCGGGGCCGGGGCUGGGGCCGGGGCCGCGGCUGGAGCCGGGGCCGGGGCUGGGGCCGCGGCCGAGCAGGGACAGAGCGGGGUCGCCGCGCCCUUCCAGCCCCCCGAGGGCGGCUUCGGCUGGGUGGUGGUCUUCGCCGCCGCCUGGUGCAACGGCUCCAUCUUCGGCAUCCACAACUCCUUCGGGAUCCUCUACAUGAUGCUGCAGAGCGACCUGGGCGAGGGGGAGAAGGACCCGGCGCUAGAGUUUAAAACAGCAUGGGUCGGCUCCCUGGCCAUGGGGAUGAUUUUUUUCUGCUCUCCCAUCGUCAGCAUCUUCACCGACCGGAUCGGCUGCAGGACCACGGCGGCCAUGGGAGCUACCAUCGCCUUCAUCGGGCUCCUCUCCAGCUCCUUCACCAAGUCCCUGGAAGUUCGUUAUUUCACCUAUGGGAUCCUCUUUGGCUGUGGCAGCUCCUUCGCCUUCCAGCCCUCGCUGGUCAUCCUCGGGCACUACUUCAAGCGCCGCCUGGGCCUGGCCAACGGCAUCGUGGCUGGGGGCAGCUGCCUCAUCUCCGUGCCGCUCCCCUUCUUCCUGAAGAUGGUCGGGGGUGCCAUCGGGCUGGCACACACCUUCCAAGUACUCAGUGCCUUAAUGCUCAUCCAGAUCUUCUUGUCCAUGACCUACCGGCCCAUCCUGACGCCUUCUUGUGACUCUCAGCACGACGGGCACGACAAGCUGGGCAGCCGGAGCAUGAGGCAGCAGUGCUGGGCCCAGACCCGCAAGUAUUUCAACCUGAGGGUUUUCCGGAGAAAGACCUAUCGGAUUUGGGCCUUUGGGAUCGCUACUGCUGUCCUGGGAUACCUCGUACCUUACAUGAACCUGGUCAAAUAUGUGGAGAAGCGAUUUCAGGAAACCAAGAAGGACUGGAUCCUCCUGGUUUGCAUCGGGGCCAUGUCAGGGCUGGGGCGCUUGGUUUCGGGCCGCAUUGGCGACUGCAUUCCUGGGCUGAAGAAGAUUUACCUGCAGGUCGCGUCCUUCAUGCUGUUGGGUCUCCUGUGCAUGAUGAUCCCCCAGUGCCGAGGCUUCGAGGGCGUCAUUGUCAUCUGCCUCUUCCUCGGCCUCUGCGACGGCUUCUUCACCACCAUCAUGGCCCCCAUCGCCUUCGAGCUGGUGGGGCCCAUGCAGGCGUCCCAGGCCAUAGGGUACCUCAUGGGGCUGAUGGCCGUGCCCAUGACCGCGGGCACGCCCAUAGCAGGAUACCUCAACGAUUAUUUUGGGAAUUACGACGCGGCCUUUUACUUUGCCGGGGUGCCGCCCAUCAUCGGCGGCCUGGUGCUCUCCGUGGUGCCGCUGGUCCACCAGAGGAUGCUGAAGAAGCAGCGCCUGGAUUCUGGCAAAGACAAGAUGCUGGUGUCGGAGGCGGUGGUGAACGGGGAGCUGCUGCCGGGCUGCCCAGCCUCCGAAGCGCACAUGUGACGCCGCUGCCGGCUCUCCCCGGGACACCAGCAGCCUCUCCAUAGCCCCAGCACAGGCCCUUUCCCAGACGGACCGGAAUUCCCAGUGAUCGCAGAUGCACUAUGUUUGUAAAGGAGAAAACACAAAAAGUUCUUCUAGUUAAAGGCUUUUAACUAGCAGAAAUGCUCUUUUUUUUUUUUUUUUUAUGGCACAGUUUUGAUUUCAAAGCCAUCUUUUUUUUUUUUUUUUUUUUUUUCCCCCCUUCUAACCAUUCUUCUAAGGAGAACUCUCACCAGGAUUCAAACUUGAUCGAGCUCCCGCUCCUCUCCCUGGUUUUCUAUACGUCAUGACAGAGGUUUACAACAAAUAAAUGCCUUUUCCAAGCAGGCCACGGAUGGAACUUGUUGAACCUUGCAGCUGUCCAUCCUCCUCCUCCUCCAGUGUCACUUGGGUGUCACAUCCAAGUGAGACAGCCCCUUCCCCGUCCAGCACCUGGGGCUGUUUUGGAGCCAGAGAUCCGAAGGAGGAAACGCUGCUUUAGUCUGAUGCACAAACCAAAUAAAUGUCAGCGAGUCCCGCUUUCAUCUUCUUCUUUCCUCCUUUCCCGCUGCUCUCCCACACCCCCAGGGAGCUGCAGCUGGGAUGACAGGGAGCUGGGCUGGCUCCAGCCAUCGGAGUCACGCGGGAGCACAACCUUCCUGCAAAAUAUGCCUUAAAAACGCGUGGAUGAGACCAGCAGGUCCCUUGGCCGCUUUCCACCUCCGUUUUCCCACCCAGCAAUUAACGACUGGGCUUUUGAGCUGCGAAAGAGAGGGGCAGCUCCUUGCACAGCCCACAGUGCCUGGCUCCGUGGGGCCAAAUCCGUGGGAUCGCCACCAAAAUGAGCAGCUUGGUGGCUUUGAGGCACGCAGGGCUGGGACAGAGCCCCCUGUGUCACGGAUCAUGCUGGGACGUGGCUUCCCUGCUGGGCUCAGGGGCACCCAUGUGUGUGGGGAUGCUGCUGGCUCAGGGCACAGGGUGCCACUGCUGUUUUUGGGGGCCAGUUGUGUAUUAUUCAGCAAUAAGCAUGAGUCAGUGCUGGUGGGGAAUCCCACUUUUCCAAAGGGUUGGACAGUCCCAGUAGCAUUUUACUCGUAGCCCGUGUGUUGUCGCUGAGCUGGUGCAGGGUCAGUGCUGACCCAGGUGGAGAGGGAGAGAGUGUGAGGAAAUCACACAGCCGGUGGGUACCCACCACACUGAGGGGCAGCAGAGCUCAGCCUCAGGCAGGAAUCUAUCAGUGCCCACAGAUAAUUGUAGAAAUUCAAAUUGCCCAGAGAAGCUGUGACUGCUCCAUCCCUGGAAGUGCUCCAGGCCAGGUUGGACAGGGCUGGGAGCAACCUGGGAUAGUGGAAGGUGUCCCUGCCCAUGGCAAGAGGCUGGAAUGAGUGAGCUUUAAGGUCCAUUCCAACCCAAACCAUUCCAUGAUUCUAUGAUCAUCUCCAGGGAUGGCUAAUGAGCGUGGCUAAUGAGUGAGAAGGGAAGUUCUCCUGCCCUGGUGGGUCCCUGUGUGAACAAGGACAGCUGGGACUGGGGUACCUUUUCCUGGGAGAGAGCAAGAAACAAAACUCACAUUUAUCCUGACUGCAAACCCAUCCUUCAUCAGAUUUUCAUUUUGUUCACGUGUUCACUAAAAAGCUGAGAUGUCUGAAGAGGGAUGUGUGGCAUGGGAAUCAUCCCUUGGUCUCGGGGCGAGUGUGGGGGUUUGUAACACCAGGACAUGUCUUUGCUGUGGAAAUCUGGGCUCAGUGGAGGCCCCACCCACGGGCAGCAGUGGGACUUUUGUACAUAAUAGGCUCAGGACCCUGCAUGUCCCUCUGGCCCUGUUUUUAACCCCUGUUGGCUGAUGCAUUUGUAAGGUCUUGUGGUCUUGUGGCCCUUCUGUCCCCGUACGAGCUGGAAAAUUACCUUGUGUGUUGUGACGUGUCUGUUUAUGAUAUAAAAUGAGAUGUCUACCUGUCUCUUUCUUGGAUGUGCUUUUCCAUGACUGUUCCUACCCUUCAUGGCCUGCAUCACGUUGUCUGCUGUGGCUCUGCUGAGUUUUGGGAGCCACGGGAGGCAGAUGAAGCUGCAGGAGGAGGCAGGGCUUGAGACACAGAACCCCAGCUCCAGCUGGGAUCUGCCAGACUUAGCCCAGGGCAGGACGUUAAUGUGGUGCUUUUUGGGUGGGAGCCUUGGCAGUGGGGCAGCUUCAAAGCCCUCUGACAGCUGAAGGGAAUAAAAAAACUCCUCCUUGUAACUCCUCCUGCGAGUUUUGGGGCAUUAAUUCACAUUGGAGUUUGAUGAAGUUCACGAAAUCAUAUUUUGGACCUUAAUGCCCCCCAAAGGAGAGAUUAGGAGAGAUUUAAAUUCCAAUAGUAGUUUCUUCAGAGCAAGCAGAGCAUAAGCAGAGCUGUCUCCAAGCCCCAUCUGGGCUGAGGGAGCAGCUGCACAGCAGAGCCCACUGAUGGCUGCACCCAGACGUUGUGGGGCAAAGCCUCCCUGGCUCCUAAGGGGAUUUAUGGUUCAAAUCCCAAAUUUCUACAGAAUUCCACUUGCCUUAACUGCUCCAUAUGCCUGCAAAGGUCCUUGCCCUGGGAGGAGCCUGCAAGGGGUGCUUAGCCCUGCAGAGGCAUCAGAGCAGCUGUGUCAGCCCAGGAGAGGUGCUGGUACCCACAUCUGCCCCUCCUAAAUUUUGAUCUUUCCCCAUGGUUUUUAUUAUUGACCCUCCAGGAGACAGGAGAUCCUAUCCCAUACCAGCCUUCCAAAACCACACUCAGUAUCUUUGUCUAGUCGAAAUCCUGCCCUUGGUGGACACAAGGACAAAUUCUGCAGAGGGGAAGGCAGGUUUGGACAACAGCCAUGAAAGGUCUCCUCAUCAGCAAAUACAGAUGGGAAUGGGAAGGACAAAGGCUGGAGCAGUGUCAACAUACAGGGAGCAUUUGGGGCUUGUUUGUCAGAUUGUGCUGCUGCUGCUGUGGGUCUAGUUUGGUUUUUUUUGAAUACCAGGCAGUUUGCAAGAAUUCCUGCAUGUGAGAGGUGGGAUUUUGUGAUUGGAGCUCCCAUGAAACAAGGAGGGGUUGCACUGCUCCCCAAAAGGUCCUUUCAGCCUGUGGUGGUCUGGUGGUGACGCCAAAUGUGUCCCCAAGUGCUGCAAAAAUCUUCGUCCCAAAGGCCCUCCUGUUCCAUCAGGGUCAUUUUGUCCUAGCCCAGCACAUCCACAUCCCCUCUGGGGCUGCCUUUUACUCACUUUUCUAAUUAAGAACCCAACCUUCUCCCUGCCCUGCGAGUGCCAGGCUGUGAUUCCUGCCCCUCUCCCUUGCUCUGGGAAGGGAAGGGGGAGCCCAGCACUCCAGACUCGGCCAGUUUUGGGAGCCAGCAAGGGAAGAGGAGUGGGCUGAACCCCUUGGGUGGGAAAGGGGUGAAAGGGAGAGGGGAGAGCCCCACUUCACCCCAUGGUUGGGGUGUUUGCAGAGCUGCAGAGCCUUAUGUAAGUGUGCAGUGAGUACAGGACGUGUCCCAGCAGCGCCUGCUCGGGGCUGGGCUGGGGCUGCCUCUUAAAUCUUUACCUUAAGGGUGUUCAAAACCAACUUGUUUUCUUUUUUUCUUUCUUUCUUUUUUUUUUUUUUUUUUUCCUUCUACUGCAGGGUGAGGCCUCGGGUUUAACUCCUCUUGCUCUGGCUGAGGGGAUGGAGGGGGACAGCUGAGCUGGAAGGACUCCAGGGAUGGUUGUGUUUGUGAUGGGAAGGGUAGCAGGGCUUUGAGAGCUGCCUGGGAACUGCCAUGAUUCAUGGCUUAGAGCUUUUUUCAGUUCUGAAACAAUAUGCAGGAGCUGCUCCACUGUAGCUUGCCCUGCCCUGAGGUCUUGCAGCCAGGCAAACACAAGUUUCAAAGUCACAGAGCUUAAAUUUAUCAAAUUCUGGCCUCUCUCCGGCUGGGGUUGAGGUUUCCUAACAUUUCUCUGCUGUGGAAGCUGUGGGAAGGCCACAUCCUAAUUGCCAGCCAAGCACAGGGCUUUUGCAGGUCUUCUGUGGUACCCUGGGGUUUGGGAACCCCCAAUUUCAGGAGGUUUUGGCUCUGCCUCCCACUGUGGUGGUGCUUUGGGGCAGAACUCGAGGAGCUUCAUCACCCCCUGGGCUGAGCUGCCUGGAGGAGCCAGCAGGGAGGUGGCCAGCAGCUGGGCAAGGACAUUCCUGCCUUUCCCUGGCAGUGCCAUGGGAAUGUUCUGCGUGGCAGCAGAGGCUCUCUUUGGUACGUGGGUGCCAAGAGCAAUUUGCUCUGGGCAGCCUGAUUUGGUGCUGAGGAUCUCAGCUGCUCUGCAUUUGAACCCUGGCCGACACUUGCAUCUAUAAGUGGCCAUUUAAUCCUCACCUGGAUCAAGGUGAGCAGGGAUCAAAUCCUCUGAAUGCAGGGGGACAGAUCCAGCUGAGACUUCUGCUGUCUCUCCAUUCUCCACAAACCUGGCUUUUGUGUGCUCCUGCACCCCACAGUUUUGUUUGGGGUCACCUUGAUUAUUUUAGCUUCAAUUAUUUCCAUGCUGGCAGAGUCUGCUUCUCCUUUUCCAGCUGGGAGCAGAAAACUGGGAUGACUUUGAAAGCCAAGGCAAGCAGAGCAGCCCCUUCCCUCCACCUUUAUGCCACCAAACAUGGACUUGAGCAGCUCUUUUGGUGCUUACAAACCACCCUCGUACCCUCUGGGGACAAUGAUUGACAAGUGCUCCUUAAAUCCUCCUCCAAGGUGCUCUGAGUAACUCCAGGCAUGGAACUGGCACAGAGAGGGGCUCCUUGGGCAAGUAACAAACCAAAAUAAAGCUGUUUCCUUUCUUUUUGAGAGCCCUUGGCAGGAAAGCAAAAGCAGAGGUGGAUGGAGCUCUGAGAGGGUUUGGGUCUGCAGGGGUGACCCUGUGUGAUUGCUUUGGGUUCUUUAUCUGCCUGGCAUGGCCACUGUGUGGACUUGAGCCCUGCUGACAGGGAGGUUAUCACUGGCCUUUGGUGGGACCACAGCCCCUGUUCGGGGUGGACUUUGUAGUUUUAUUUCUGUAAAUAUUUUGCCGUGCCCUCAGCGCUCCCCUCAAGGCCAGACCCGCGGGUGUCCCCGCGUCCCCUCUUCCCGUAAACCUCGGUGAUGAAACCCUGCAGGUGCAGGGCUGGGAUUCACCUUCCCAGCCGAGAGGAAAGACACAAAAUCCCUCCUGUUUUCUGCAAAACAUGGCUUUGGAGGGGGCUCUGUACCUCCAAGCUUCCUCCUCUUUUUGUACCCUUCUCCCCAAGGCUCACCCUGCACCCUCCUGUGCCCGGCCCAGCAAGCACAGCCCCUCCUGCAGCAUUAGAGACAAGAUCUGGGGGCUGUUUCACCAAGGAAUUCAGCUCUUUUUUAGUCCUUUCUGUAGAUUUUUAAUCGUGGUGUGUCAGAUGAGUUGUUUACUGCAGUUUCUGCACUGAGGUGAUGCUCCCCUUCUGGUGGGCCAUGGCCAAAUUGCCUAAACCCUGCUGGGAUUUGGCUCCCGAGCGCGUUCAAGCCAAUCCUUUCGGGAAAGAACACGACUUCUCCAGGCCUGAACUUUCCCAGCAUAUCCUGUUUCAUCCAUUUCAACCCGUUAGAGCCAGAGGCAGGAUUGUUCUGGGGAGGCUGAGGGCAAUUAGGAAAUUACCCCGCUCCCCCUCCCCUGCCCUGAAAUCCAGCAGGACAAAGCCAAAUAUUUGCUUUUGGAUGGGUGGAUUUUGGAGCUGGCUCCACAUAAGAGCACUGGGGUGGAGGUUUGAAUUUUGGCCGUUUUGGGAAAUUGUUUUUUGAAGCAGGACCUCCAAGCUUGCUGCCAUCACCCCGCUCAGCAGAUUCCAAAGUCACAGCUGGCAUUUGCUCCCUUCUUGAUGGAAAACAUUCUGCCCGUGGCUUUUUUGGGGUGGGAUGAACCCUCUCCAUGUCUGUACCCACUAGAAAGACUCAAUAAAAGGCUGCAGCACCGUUGGUAGCUUUGCAAUCCUGUUUUUUUCUGCUGUGCUCCAGGCUCUGAGAUUUUUUUUUGUGCUGUUUGUUGCUCUGAGAUUGGUCCUGGGAGGUGCCCAGGCCUGCUGGGCACCCUGGGCAGAGCAG